GUCCCGGCGGAGGGAGGGAGGCGGAUCCAUCAUGGCGUCUAUGCAGAAGAGGCUACAGAAAGAGUUAUUAGCAUUACAGAAUGACCCACCCCCAGGAAUGACUUUGAAUGAAAAGAGUGUACAAAAUUCAAUUACACAGUGGAUUGUAGAUAUGGAAGGUGCUGCUGGAACGUUAUAUGAAGGGGAGAAAUUUCAACUGCUGUUUAAAUUCAGUAGUCGCUAUCCAUUUGACUCUCCUCAGGUCAUGUUUACAGGUGAAAAUAUUCCUGUUCAUCCUCAUGUAUAUAGCAAUGGUCAUAUCUGUUUAUCUAUUCUAACAGAAGACUGGUCUCCAGCUCUUUCAGUGCAAUCAGUUUGUCUUAGCAUUAUUAGCAUGCUUUCCAGCUGCAAGGAAAAGAGACGACCACCAGAUAAUUCAUUUUAUGUAAGAACAUGUAACAAGAAUCCAAAGAAGACGAAAUGGUGGUAUCACGAUGACACUUGUUGAUGCCACCACCAUUUUGUGAUUCGCCUAACAGAAGAUAGUCCUACUGAGAAAAUGAGCACUUUGAUAAUUCAGUCUUUGAACUUUAGCCUCCUGACUGGAAGUGAGAAAUAGGCAAUGAAGACUACUUCCUUUGACUGCAUUUUUACUAGUGUGCAUUCUGGGCGCAUGUUGAUCGCUGGUUCAGUCCAUGCUACUGACAUGCUUUUUUUAGUCAUACAGUAUUAAUGCAGGUGUCGCAAAAUGCCAGAAAUCAAUUUUUUAAGUUUUUGGAAGAAUUUCAGGUCUUCAUGUAUUGUGCAAUAAUACGAAUUUCUUGACGGUUUUGGUGUAACCAUUGCCGGCAAUAAGAUUGUAUCAGGAAACCCCUGCCACAAGAGAAGUUAGAUGCAUGAUAGGGCCUAUGAAAAGUUUUAAGUAUAUUGGGAUUAUAAGUAAUCUAUAUUUACUUUGAAAGCCACCUAAUUGUUUAGAUAUGAUUCUGUGCACUGUGAUCAUAAAACUAGCAGCGUGAGUUAAAACAUGCUUAGCUAAAGAACUAAUAAGAUCAUUGCAUAUUUACUGAACUGUCAAUGUCUUGACAAGGAAAAAAAAUUUUCAAGUUAUAUCAGCAGAGAGGUACAUUACUAUGUUAUCCCUAUGGUGAAAUAAAUACCUUUUUAUGUGUAUAUUAUAUUUCUGAAGCAAAGGUAUGAGUAAAAUAGGAUAGAAAUGAUUUAAUCAAGGCAAACUUUGUUCUGUGAAUGGGAACAGAUGGCAGUGAUACCACUGAAUUUGCUGCAGUCCAUAAUUGGGCUUGUUAAUAUGUACACUAGAGAUGUUUUCAAAGUAGAUUGCACACUGUUAUUUCAUACUAGCCUUCAGCAUGAGCCCUGUUGCCUACACAAUAUUUCAUUUAUUUAUAUGUUUGGAAAUUUUUGUUUGAGUUCAUUGUUUCUUUUGUUGUGUUGUAUGUCAUAUUUGAAUGUUACAAAACAAUAUUUUCACUGAAAAGCUGUCAGAAGAUAUUUUCUUGUAAAUUAUUUCUUUACCUUGUAAACAUUUAUCUUGUCUUUUAAUCCUGUAUUAUAAAGGAAGAAAUACAUUUUGGACAGAGACGAACUGUUUUGACAAAAAAAGUGUGGAUCUUUUUAUUUGUGCUUAAGACAAAAGUAUAUUUUUCUUACCUUCCUUGUCCCAUACAGCCAUAGCAAUUUUUCCAGGUUUUUCCUUCAAAGAUCUGAUUACAACUAGAUCUACCUUUUUAUAUAGCAAAAAACAAUUGUCAAAUAAUAGUGAAUUGUUCUUCACCUCUGUAAUUUUAUGAUAUUUCAUCUAGGCUGUGUUUUUAGGAAGCACUGAUGUCUUUUAUAAACUUACUACCUUUACACAUAUGCAAACUUUCUAUCAAUGCUCUUUUUAAUGUUGCCUUAUCGUUGCACUAAAAAAGAAAAUCAAACUUAGUAGUAAAUAAAUGAAUGUCUGAACUGAGCAAAACUCUUACUUGAUUUUUAAAGUAAGAACCAAAUCAGCUAAACAGACUUAACAGAAUUGGCUGAGGAUAUUCUAGGGUUUUUGUUUUUAUUACUACUUGUAUUUUAACUUAGCAAAUUUUAUAGAUAUGCAAAUCCUACUGCAUCUACUGUCUACUGUUUAAAACAACUCUAAUUGCUAAACUCAGGGGUGGGUACACAUCACAUGAAAGGAAAGAGUGUUCUGUAGACACAGUGAAUUACGAACUAUCAAUUUGAUAGGCUUGUUUUUAAAAGUGAAAUGGCAUAUUUUCUAUUUUGAAGGAAUGUUCAAUGGCUUCUUAAUUAAAAACGAAUAGAUACUGUGGAUAUAAUAUUGUAUACAGAUGUUCAUAGUCCUCAAUUACAUAAUGAGAAGUAUCUGUUCAAGCCAAAAAUAAUUCUGAAGGAAUAUGUAUUCCUUUUUAUUGUUUUCUUUUAGCUUAUUGUAUAUACUCAUCUAUAAGUCUAAAAAUUUAUGCCCAAAAUUGACCCCCCAAAUCUCAGGUGGAUUUAUUUAUGUGUCAGUAUGGUAAUGUAAUAGCAGCUCUUUCAAAUUUCUCCAUGCAGUUGGCAGAGCAGUUUAUUGCUCUUACAAGCAGAAAAAAAUCCUGAGUGAUUAAUUGAUAUUGCUGUUCAUUUAAGAAUCCUCUCCUACCUGCACAUCUGGCUGAAACAAAAGCUGAAACGAUAAAGCAAAAAGCCUCAGUGAGAGUCUCUCUUGUCAUACGCACACAUAUACACACUGAAGAAGCUUCCAUGUUUUACCCUUGACCUAUCCACGGGUCAUGGCAAAAUCCAUAAUUUUGGCCCCAAAAUGUGACCUGACUUAUACAUGAGGUCGACUUAUAGUUGAGUCUAUACAGUAUGUUUUACCUUGUAAAUUAAAUCAUACCAAUCCAUUAAGAGGUAUAUGCAAACUGACAGUAUGCAUGAUCACUAAACCACUGAAUAUUUAAUUGGUAUCUUCGUACCUGCAUAAUUCACUUGAACUAUGUGUUAGAAAAAUAUGUAUUUUCUUCAUACAGCAGAAUUAUGUAAUCAUGUCAUUCUCUAAUCCACAGAGAACGAACAUCUUUAUAUGUCAGAAAGUUUAGAUUAACUCAUCCAUCACAAAGGCUAAAGCCAUUGUCCCAAUAAUAUGGAUUAUGGUAUAUAUAUUCCACUGAUAUUAAAAAUGAUGCUUUAUUAUUGCACAUAUUUUUAUUUGCCUAUAUACAUAUCACAGGUUGAAUUAAAUAGAAAUUACUAAGCAAAACAUUAAGUAUCUGGGUUUCUUUAUGCAAAUAACUGUGUUUAAAAAGUACUGUGAUAACACUGAGUCAGAUCCAGAGUUGGACUGAGUGGAACUCUACAGACUAGAUAAAGGGAGGAAGCAAUGUUUGCUGAGUCCCUGCAUUUAAGACCUUUCAUGUGAUCUAGAGGGCUGGAAAGUCCUCCAGAACAGUGUGUGAGGUUGUGUUUGGUAUGAUGAGCAAAGUGAGGAAUUGGUAAAAAUCAUGACCCCAGUCCCUUCAGAGGGCAAUGUCUGCUGCAUCCCAAUAAAAUGAGCAACUGUAUUGUGUUGAGGCAACUCUGAAUCUGGCCCAUUGUUUUCUUAACAUUUUUCUGCUUUUAAUUUAAAGUGGCUAUUUUUAAAGAAUUGCCAUGCAGAAUAAAAUUUAAAUUCUGUCAUAUCCAGCAAGUAAUUGUAUUGGAAAACAUACAUCUGCCUACUAUUUCAGGCAUGCAUACGUUUACAAAUUUCUCUCAUGUCUCCCCCUUCAUUGCUUUUUCCCUUAAACCAAAACCCAAAUGCUUUGACUUGACUUUACAGUAAAGGUGCUCCACUACUCUGAUAAUUUGUUUGUACUUUUAUGCUCAUUCUCAAGUUCUCUGUUCAUUGUUUUUCAGAUGCUUCAGUCCACAACUGUACACAGUAUUCCAAAUGCGGCUGCUCCAUAGAUUUAUAUAACGCUGGUUUUCUCAAUCUGUUGUUCUCCAGACAUGUUGAAUUACUACUCCCACCUUUCUCAGAAAGCAUAGCCACUGAUUGAAGAUACUGGGAGUUGCUAUUGCAGCAUGGUCUAAAAGCUGGUAUAUAGUGUUCUAAUACUAGAGUGGGCCCUUGGUAUCCAUUGGGAUUUGGUUCCAGACCAUGAACCCUCCACUGAUACCAAAGUGCAUGGAGGUUCAUUAAAUUCAUUACAUACUAAGAUGGCGUUCCUUAUAUAAAGGCAAAAAUCAAGAUUUUUUUGGAUUUUUUAAACAAUAUUUUCAAGCUAUGGAUGGUUGAAUUUAUGGAUAUGGAGGGCCAACUGUACAUUUUUUAUUUCUAACCCUUUCCUAAGAAUCACCUAGAAGUAAUUUGCCUUUUUAUAGCAGCCACACACAUUCUUACUGUGCUGUCCACCACAAAGUCAGUAUCUCUGCCUUGAUUAGACACUGCCUGUUAAGUUAUCAUAAAUCUAUACAUGAGGUCAGAAAGGUUUUGGUUCAAACCCUUUUUGCCAUUUUGUUGCCUAUUCAACCUGAGGUCCUUUUAGUUCUCUGGUAUCAUUGAGGAUUUGUUGAAUAAUUCUGUAUCAUCAGUAAACUUAACUGUUUCUCUUGUCAGUCCUAAGUCUA